CAUGUUGAUUAUGCAUUAAGUCCUUGGUUUUCAAUAAAAAGGUCUACAGCUUUCCAAUGAAGGUCUCUUGCCCUUUCCCGGUAUUCGACAAGAGAUAUUUACCCAGAGUAUCAGCAGUACUACUUUUCACUCUUUUCCUCUCUCUCCAUUCGCUUCGUGGGCCGCACGAUCUACUAUCAUGCAGCUGGAGAUCACCCUUUCACGUUUCUUCGUUCACCUUUUAAAUUGGACAAUCAAGCAUGUCCUCUUUUCAGGCAUCCUCCUCCUCGGUUCAUUUUUCAACACGCUUCACAAGAAAGAUCUUUCACUUCUUUUGUUAGAGUUUACGUGCUCAGCAGUGUUGAUGGGAUGUUUCAUGUUCCUACUGAGGAGAGCGCUGACUGUGACUCCGAGGCGGCGCACGAUCCACUUGGAUGACCUGGAAUCUGGCUUCCACCUCGGCACCAUCGAAGCCACAUCCGUCAUGAGCGCAUGUCCUAUAUGCCUCGCCAACGAGAUGCCCCUUUUCAACUCACUCGCUCUGGGACCGUCCGCCACUGGUAGUGACAGCGAGAGGGAGCAAACAUCGACUUCCAAGUUCUUGAUGAUUAUCCCGGUGCUCAUCUCCCGACCGGUAAUGUUAUUGGAGGGGGGCAAUGGGGAGGUCAAUGAGAGCCUUUAAGCCGAGGACUUGCCUGGUUGUUCAGGACCUAGGAGCGCUGUUGUGUCUGUAUAAACUUCUGAUUAUGUUCGUACUCCUUCGCAGAGUUUCUGAACUCCUUAUCGAAAUUCCGAAAUCGAGAGGAGCUGUUGACUGGAUACCUACAAGGAUCUGUAAUACAGAAUGAACAGUGCCUUUGUCUUUUACACAAAUGGGUUCAAGUGGGUCAAUCUUCCAUUCGAGACUGAUCCCCAAUGAGCAGUCAGUACACACGAUAACCUACAACUCCAGGACGAAGUGACUACAGUCCGACAACAAAGACAGUACACAGGAAAAAUACUA